GCCAACGUGUUGCAGCCUUAAAUCAGAUAUGUAGCCUCCAACGUCAUCUCUGUAUAUGAGAGAAAGACAGACUGCGCUGUUCGGGGUUCAGUGACGUGUUUUCACGGAUAUAUCAAGCUGGUAUUCUUUCGUUGAAAUAUUGUGGAUUUUAUUGCUACUCUACUUAUGCUCCCUACCCAUAAUGCUGUUUUUUACUUAACCGGAAUGUAAUGUUUUUAAUGUUUGUAAAGCGGAUUUUAACACAUUUGGCGCAACAUAACGUGUCGGACAGAACAAUGAGACGGCAAGUACUUUUUAUCAUCUCGAUCCUUUCUCUCAGUUCAGUGCUCGGGCAGGUCAGCUACUCCAUUCCCGAGGAAAUGGCAGUAGGCUCUGUAGUCGGCAACAUAGCACAGGAUUUGGGAUUAGAUGUGAAAAGACUGAAAUCAGGCAAUGCUCGUAUUUAUACGGGCGACAGGGCAGAGUACAUCGAACUGAAUAAAGAUAAGGGAGUCAUCCUUGUUAAAGAGAGAAUCGACAGGGAGGCGCUCUGUGCACAGACGACGCCUUGUGCUUUACAUUCUCAGAUUAUUCUAGAAAACCCGAUGGAACUUUUCCGAAUAAUAGUAGAGAUAACCGAUCAGAACGACAACGCCCCUCAGGUUCUGUACCCAGUCCAGACUGGUGGCUCUCUGGUGGCUGAAAUGGUGCCUCGUUCAGUAGAGGUGGGUUACCUGGUGACUAAAGUGGUGGCUAUUGAUGUGGACUCUGGCCAGAAUGCCUGGCUCUCCUAUAAACUGCAGAAAGCCACAGACAGGGCGCUGUUUGAAGUGGGCUUACAGAAUGGGGAAAUCAGAACUAUCCGCCAAGUCACUGAUAAAGAUGCUGUGAAACAACGGCUGACUGUUGUGGUGGAGGACAAUGGCCAGCCCUCUCGUUCAGCAACAGUCAAUGUUAACGUGGCGGUGGCGGACAGCUUCCCUGAAGUGCUUUCGGAGUUCACUGACUUUACACAGGACAAGGAGUACAAUGACAACCUGACUUUUUACUUGGUCUUGGCUUUGGCUGUGGUUUCUUUUCUGUUCAUCACGUGCCUGGUGGUUAUUAUAUCAGUGAAAAUCUACAGGUGGAGACAAUCUCGCAUCCUUUAUCAGUCCAACCUGCCGGUGAUUCCAUAUUAUCCCCCACGUUACUCAGAUACUUUGGGGAUAGGGACUCUUCCACACGUGUACAAUUAUGAGGUGUGCAGGACAACUGAUUCCAGAAAGAGUGACUGUAAGUUCGGCAGAGCCGGUAGUCAGAACGUCCUGAUAAUGGAGCCCAGUUCAACAGGAACGAUGCAGCGGAUACAGAGUGACAAGAGCAUCCUUGAUGAACCAGACUCUCCUUUAGAGCUGCUGAAAUAA